AUGAGAGAGAGUCAAGUUGAAAUUGGACAGGUUUCUGCCUCGCUCACCACUAGAGACGUUAAAAGAAAAUCACCUGCCACAGUAUGGAAGAGCUGUAGCAAACUAGAAAUUAUGUGGAAAACGUUUGGGCGUAAGAGUGUUAGAGGAAACAACCCUCUCCAGAAGCUCCUUUGGCUCCACGGUCCUGGUGACCUGACAGUAGCACCCAGCCAAGCCCAGUCAUUAUACACCACCAGAGUCUGUACAACAACCUUUAACAUCUGGGAUGGACCUGACUUUCAAGACCGGGUUGUCAACAGUAAGACACCAGUGGUUGUGGAUUUUCAUGCACAGUGGUCUGGUCCCUGCAAGGUCCUGGGGCCGAGGUUAGAGAAGAUGGUGUCCGAGCAGCACGGAAAGGUGGUGAUGGCCAAGGUGGAUAUUGACAACUACACAGAGCUCACCAUAGAUUAUGAGGGGCCAACGGUGCCCACCAUGCUGGCCAUCAAGAAUGGGGACGUGGUGGACAAGUUUGUGGGCAUCAAGGAGGAGGACCAGCUGGAGGCUUUCCUGAAGGUGCUGACAGGCUGA